UUCUCUCUCAGAGGCGGAGAAGCCAGUAUAAAAGAGCCCGGAGCGACAGUGUGUGCUCAGAUCAGCGCUCACAUCCGUCCAGGAGAGUCCCGGCUUCACAUCAGCAUUCAUCUGUGUUUCUGAGAGAUGGAGACCGUUGAGAAGAACCAGAUCCAGACGGCCAUCGUGGACAGUGAACUAUCAGAGCAGAUCAAAGCGGUGACUAAAGAGAGUCACGUCCGAGCAGAAAACACUGAGCUGAUGCUGAGCUACCAGAGAGGACGUGUGUCCCUGCAGCAGUAUCAGCUGCUCUUGUGUUCGCUGUAUAAGAUCUACGAGGCGCUGGAGGAGGCGCUGGACACAAACGCCUCACAUGAAGCCGUGGCACCCAUUUACUUCCCACAGGAACUGUCCCGACUGGAGUCCAUCGGGAAGGACCUGGAGUAUUUCUACGGCCGGAGCUGGAGGGAGAAGAUGACGGUGCCGGCCGCGACGCUGAGAUACGCACAGAGACUGAGAGAGGUGGGCCGAGAUCACCCGGAGUAUCUGGUGGCUCAUGCGUACACACGGUAUCUGGGCGAUCUGUCGGGUGGACAGGUGCUGGGCCGCAUCACGCAGAAGUCUCUGGGGCUGAAGAGCGGAGAGGGCUUGUUGUUCUUCUCGUUUCCGGCGGUCAGCAGCCCAAACCUCUUCAAGCAGCUGUACAGGAGCCGCAUGAACAGCAUCGAGCUGACGGAGGAGCAGCGCAGCGGUGUGCUGCAGGAGGCCGUCACUGCCUUCGAGCUCAACAUCCAGCUGUUUAACGAGCUGCAGGACUCACUGAGCAGCGUCUCAGACACAGACAACCAAACGAGACAGAGACACACACAACACCAGCAGAGCACAACAACAGCAGCAGCAGCAGCAGCAGAUGGGCAGGUGUGUGAAGCGCUGCAGAUCUCCUCGUCUCUGAUGCCGAGGUUCUUGCGGACGCUGCUCUGUGUGUUUGUGGUUCUGGCCGUCGGGGUGGUCUACGCUUUCUAAGCACAUUUAAACCGGUUUCAUCUCACACAUAAUUAAUAACUUACUGUAGAUAACAAAUGUGUUCAUGUCAGAUUAAACGUGACUGUAUGUGUUCAGAAUUGUUCAAAUGUUGAAGUUUCCUCACAGUCAGAAUCAUUUUG